GGGGGAGAUCAGGCGCAGCUGACCCAGUAGUAGCCCCGAUCACCUUACAACUGACUCAGAGAAAAGCUGGCAGUGUUUAGCUGUUCCGUCCCCAUCCAAGCAGCCUCACUCGGGGGCAAAGCGUGGGCUGGGAGAAAGGAUGCCAAGAGACUCCUGAUCUGCAACCCCCGAUUGGGUCAACAUUUCCGAUCUCAGACAGCGGCGAGCAACCAACACCACUCAUUCCCAGGUGCCUACACUUUUGCCCCCCCCCCGCGCCUGGCUGCUGCUUCGCCAGCCACUGCGCACAAUAGGUAGCAGGCCGGGCUGUGCUGGGACGCGAUUGUCUUGUGUCUGAGCCCAUUGUCUUGUCUCGUUCACCCGCUCGCUACUCGAGACAUGGGCGUACGGGAGAGAAAAGGUAAAGAAGAAAGAAAAAAGAAAAGAAAAGGCCGGGAAAGAGCUGAGAACAGCGUCAUUUCAAGCCGGGAGGGGAGAGGGGGAGGGGUACAGAUGGCGCGGGGAUACAGCAACGGGCAGCACAGCACGUUGGAAUCCAAAUCCAAGCUCAACGGCGUGGAUCAGAGGUUCCGCGAGCGUGGAAGGGAACGCGCACGGUCUUGGAGUUUUGGGGUGGAACUUGAGGGGGAGGAAGGAGAAGAAGAUGACUCGCGAUGUGGUGGAAGAGGAGGAGUGGAAGAGUGGAACGACGAGCAGGUCCAUAGCCCACACGUCAAGUCACCGCACGACAUGUGUCCUCCUCUUGUCUCCUCUUUCCUGCUUCUUCAAUCUCCUGCUAGGCCUGCUUUCCGCCGGUCAACCCGCCUCUGGUCUCCUCCGCCAACCAGACUUCAGGAAUGCUCAGAAACGGCAUCGCAUCGCAGUUCGAGAGCUCACCUCUCUCUCUCGCCCACUGUGCCCGUCCAUUCGGUUGCCUCCCGAGCCCAGCCCAUCCCAGCCAUCCAUCCAACCGACGUCAAUGGUAGCUCCUCAGCCCUCUCUCUCUCUUUCUCUCUCUCUCCCUCCCUCCCUCUCUCGCCCGGGAACGCAGCAAGGAUGACCUUCGGGAGUAAGAGCAAAUCAGGCGGUCACAUCUGGAAGGCCCCCCCCCCAUCUCUCCCUCCCCCUUCUCUAAUUACGGCUGUGGUGAAGCGUGUGCAAGGAGGGCAGAUCACCCGUCCACAGGGGGGGAGGAGAGAAAUGAACUGAAUCUCUGUCACUAGCUGCCGGAGACGAAUGAUGAAGAGGACGAGGAGGGGGGGGCAAAUGGGUUUACAGCUCAGGAAAAAAAAAAAAAAACCUGGUGUGUUUCUGGUGCGCGGCUUCAGAACAGGCAUGAUCCCUACUCUAUUCCGUCCGCGGUCCAUCCUUACUCCAUCCUUUUUUUUUUUCGUCUGCGCGCUCGGUCCCGGCUUACAAUGGCGAGAUGCCAGUCCAAGGGGG